AUGGAGUAUCUGAUUCGGUUCUCCCAGCUGCACGAGACCUUUCGUUCAGCAGAGAUUCAGGCUAUCGCCGUAAUUGAGGGUGUGGACCUGAGGGUCAUAUCCUACAGUGAUGAGUCUCCAUUUUGCGUGGUGCGACUACCAUCGGAAGAUGCUGCGAGAGCAAUCAUGAGACGCUCGGUCUUGGCGCAUGCUAUUUAUGAGCACUGGGGUACGGCGGACACCUACGACGAGUUGCACCCCAUCAUCAAGAGAGACACUGCCCAUCUGUGGCCGCAGUAUGUCGAGCCAUCCUUCAAGAUGAACAUUGAUGCAUACCAAGGCUCUCGCUCCUCGUCGAAGAAGCAGCUUGCCCUCAUCAACUCCUUCUCCUAUCUCCCAUUCAAGGGACCUAUCCGGCUUUCCUGUCCGGACCAAGAAUUCACCAUAUUCGAACAGUGGGAGUUCGACGCUGUUCCAUUGAACCUGCCUUCUCCGUUGAAGGUUCACUUCGGUCGGUUGAUCGCGUGCGGCGUAAGGGACCUGAUCCACACAUUUGAUCUGAAGAAACGAGAUUACAUCAGUACGACCUCUAUGGACUCGGAGCUGGCGUUGGUCACUGCCAACAUUGCGCUUGCCGCUCCAGGCAAGAUUUUCUAUGACCCUUUCGUCGGUACUGGAAGCUUCCCAAUUGCCUGCGCCCAUUUUGGAGCUUUAGGCCUCGGUAGCGACAUCGAUGGCCGUAGCGUGAGGGGAGACGGCGGGAAGAAGAGUUUGAGAGGCAACUUUCAGCAAUACGGAUUGGAAAAGCUGUUGGGUGACGUCUUCGUGUGCGACCUGACGAACAGUCCCGUACGCAGAGCUAGGAUACUCGACGGCAUCGUAUGCGAUCCACCAUACGGAGUGAGGGAAGGGCUCAAAGUUUUGGGCUGUAAGGACCCCGAGAGUACACCCUGGGUAGUGGAGAAGGGAAGGAAGAUGUACAGGGACCCGGCAUUCGUGGCGCCAAAGAAGCCAUAUAGUUUCAUGGCCAUGUUAGAUGAUAUCCUCAACUUCGCCACGGACACACUGGUAGACAAUGGUCGGAUAUCAUUCUGGAUGCCUACAGCCAACGAUGAAGAGCAAGAAAUAGGUGUGCCGACGCACCCUUGCCUCGCGAUCGUCGUGGUAUGCACGCAGGUCUUCAACAAAUGGUCUAGGAGAUUGAUCACUUAUAGACGACUGCCAGAUGCUGAGGUUGACUUGUCAGCACUCGCGCAGCAGAAGAAGAUGAAGCACGAAGCCCAGACGAACGGCAUCAAUGCAGACGACCUGAACCCUUUCCGCCGGCACUAUUUCCGGGGUUUCAAGUCAGAGCAAGAUCUUACAGAUGAUGCUGCUACAGACAAGAUAUUGAACACGACCUGA